AUGACCCCUCGCGCGGAGUUUGACACGGAGCAGGUCCGCGACAAGGCGCGCAAGGAUUUGCUCCAUCUCCUUGAGGGAGUCCGUGGCAAGAAGAAUCUCGUCAUCGAAAAGGAGCUAGCCGGCCCCCUUGGCGUUGUAGUCAAGGCUUCUACUCUGCGCGACUACGGCGUCGACAACUUUUUCUUCAUCGAGAAUAAGAACACAGACACAAGCCAACGGAAUGUUGUCUUCAUUGCCCGCGGCGAGUCUGCCCACAACGCACAUGCCAUCGCAGACCAGAUAAUACGCCUUCAGCGCGAGAGCCAGUCCGCUCAUGAGUUUCACAUAUUUUGGGUGCCGCGGCGUACGCUGCUGUCAAACAAGGUGCUCGAGGAAGCCGGUGUGUUAGGCGAUACCAAUGUUGCUGAGCUACCCUUAUAUUUCUUCCCUCUGGAAAAUGAUGUGCUAUCCCUCGAGCUGAACGACUCCUUCAGGGACCUGUAUCUCGCCAAGGACCCAACGCCCGUAUUCCUGCUCGCCCGCGCCUUGAUGGGAAUACAACAAAAGCAUGGUCUAUUUCCACGGAUUAUUGGCAAGGGCGAUAAUGCGAAGCGGGUGGCCGAUCUCCUUGCUCGUCUGCGACAGGAGCUUUUGGCCGGGGAGGACGUGGGCGACACAGACAAGCCUGGGCUGAGCCCCAGCAACACGAUUGAGAACGUCAUCAUAAUCGAUCGCGAGGUUGAUUUUGUGACACCUCUGCUGACACAGCUGACCUACGAGGGUCUCCUGGAUGAGGUGUUUGGGAUUCAAAACAAUCAAACCGAUGUUGACUCGACGAUUGUCGGUGCCGCCGCGGCCCAACCAGCUGGAACGGGUCCGUCGGCUGCCACACCCCCCAGCAACGUGCAAUCACGAAAGCGUAAGGUCCAGCUCGACGGAUCGGAUUCGUUGUUCGCCCAGCUUCGCGACGCAAAUUUUGCUAUUGUGGGCGGCCUUCUGAACAAGAUCGCCCGGCGACUACAAAGCGACUACGAAAGUAGGCAUAGUUCCAAGACAACGGCCGAGUUGAGGGAAUUUGUGAAGAAAUUGCCUGGAUACCAAGCCGAACAGCAGAGCUUGAAAAUCCAUACCGGGAUGGCGGAAGAGAUCAUUAAGUACACCCGAACAGAAAACUUUAACAAGCUGCUUGAAGUCCAACAGAACCUGGCGGCCGGCGCCGACCCGUCGUCGCAAUUCGAUGCGAUCGAGGAACUUAUUGCUCGCGACACACCCUUACCACAAGUCCUCAGAUUAUUGUGCAUCUACUCUUGUAUCUCGGGCGGCAUUAAAACCAAAGAGCUGGACCAUUUCAGGCGACUGAUACAGCACGGCUAUGGAUACCAGCACCUUCUCACACUCCACAACCUAGAGCGCCUUCAGAUGUUCCUCUCCCGGGCUUCCCCCUUGGCGUCUAUGAUCCCCAUGACCGGCUCAGCCGGCGCCCAGGGCACGAAGACAAACUACACAUAUCUCCGCAAACAACUCCGGCUUAUUGUGGACGAAGUCAACGAACAAGAUCCCAACGACAUCGCCUAUGUUUACAGCGGCUACGCGCCCCUCUCUGUCCGGCUCGUGCAGGCGGUUCUCCAGAAGCAAUACCUGCUCUCGAUCACGCGGGGCAACAACGCCGUGGGCGGUGCGGCAGGGUCGGCAGCUGGGGGAGCGCAGGGGUGGCGUGGGUUCGACGAUGCCGUGAAGCACGCGCGUGGCCAGACGUUUGAUGAGGUACAGAAGGGCGAGGACAAGGCAGUCAAGGCGCGGGCGCUGUUGUCGGGUGCAGGCGACAAGAAGACCGUUUUUGUCGUCUUCGUCGGGGGUAUCAGUUUUUCAGAGAUUGCGGCUCUGCGAUUUAUGGCGAAGCAGGAAGAAGCACGGAGAAACAUUAUCAUUUGCACAACGUCGAUUAUUAGCGGGAAUCGGAUGAUGGAUGCCGCGAUUGAGAAGGACUCAGAGGACAUUGCCCCGGAGAUUGUGGUGUGGACCGAAGAUAUGGACAAUAUGGCGGUUGAUACGCCCGAGUCUACCUCACCGACCGUCUCGAGCGAGCAGGAACAGGCAAUUAUGGUACAUAAUGGGACGUCCGUAAAGGAGUCCUCCUCCUUAUCAUCUCUCUCCUCAUUUCCAUUAACCGACUAUUCCGAUUUUACGUCCCUCGCACAAUCUGGGUCAAGCAAGGCUACUACCCCUAUUGAUGUUGAUAGCUCAAGGGAAGCCCCGGCCGACGAUAUAGUCCCCCCCAAGCCAUUGGUCGAAACGCCCAGGCGAAAGUGGGAUGUACGGCCUAAGGUCUCCAUCCCACCCGAUCUCCCGCUCUCCGAACUAAACCCUUAUUCUCUCCACCAAGGGGAAUAUUUAAUGUUGCGGGAUCAUAUCAGCCACACCCAAGUCACGACCUAUCUGAACAUCCCCGUCACGCGUGAGGAGGCCGUAGGAUGUGCCAAGGACCCAAGGUGGUUCGAUGUCGCGAGUGUAUGUUUCGAUUGGCUCGUCCGGCACGGAUACAUCAACUUUGGCUGUGUUGAAGUACGGCCGUCGAGAAAGCAUGGCAAGCAAUAUGGCGUCUCGGAGGGUAAACGGAAAACCGUCGUCGUUAUCGGAGCCGGCAUGUCGGGCCUCGGUUGUGCGAGACAGCUUGAAGGACUGUUUCAGCAUUACACCAAGAAGUUCCGCGCCUUGGGGGAGGAACCACCCCGGGUCAUUAUCCUUGAGGGUAGGGACCGCAUUGGUGGAAGAGUCUACUCCAGGGCGUUCAAGUCACAGCCAAAACAAACUCCAGGGGGGUUCGAAGGCAAGCGUUACACGGCUGAGAUGGGAGGCAUGAUCAUCACUGGUUUUGAGAGGGGGAAUCCCCUGAAUGUUCUCAUAAGAGGUCAGCUGGGUCUCGGCUACCAUUUCUUGCGACCAGAGACUACGCUUUACGACUCGAGCGGAAAGCCGGUCGAUCUAAACCGAGACCAACUGGUGGAGAACCUUUACAACGACUGUCUCGACCGAGUCAGCGAGUACAAGUUUAAGCAACCAACGUCGAAGCUGAUUGAAGGCAACCGGGAUCUGAUCGAUGAGGGAAAAGACAGCUCGGCUGAAACACACAAGACAAUACGCCAGACGGAAGAGUCAGCUGCCGCCCAGCCAUAUGCUGCCCCGGUGUCAGAGCAAAAUAUUGCGCCACAGGUGAAUCUCGUACCCGUGUCGACUGAUCGAGCGACCGGGAAGAUACACACCGAGCCCGGGACGCCGGGAGCGCUCAAGGCAGCCCACAAAGCCAAGAUGAUAGGCUGGACGCUCAAACAAGGCGUCAGUGACGAUGCAGACCUGAAUAUCGAGGCGGCGACCAUGGAGCCGGGAGCCACACUUGGGAGCGUCACGGAUAAUGUGAUUUCGCAGUACAGGGACCUCUUGGACCUGACCGCGCAAGACUUCAGGCUCAUGAACUGGCAUAUUGCCAACCUGGAGUACAGCAAUGCGACCAACUACCAUCAGCUCAGUCUUCAGGGAUGGGAUAUCGAUGCUGGUAAUGAGUGGGAGGGUAGCCACUCGAUGGUCGUGGGCGGGUAUCAAAGUGUCCCAAGGGGCCUCAUGCACCUACCUACCCCUCUCGAUGUGAGGCAAAAAUCACCGGUGAACAAGAUUACAUACACAGCCAACAGUACGACAGGCCCCGCGACAGUGUCCUGCGAGGAUGGGUCCACCAUCGAAGCCGAUUUUGUGGUUAGCACAAUACCGUUGGGUGUGCUCAAGCAUGGUAACGUCAAGUUCGAGCCACCGUUGCCGUCUUGGAAGUCCGAUGCGGUUGAGCGGCUCGGCUUCGGCGUCUUGAACAAGGUGAUUUUAGUCUACAAGGAGCCAUUCUGGGAUGAGGACCGCGAUAUCUUUGGCGUGUUGAGGAAUCCGACCAACCGACACAGUCUCGAGCAGAAGGAUUACGCCCCUCAGCGGGGGCGCUUUUUCCAGUGGUUCAACGUGACAAGAACCAGCGGGCUGCCCGUUCUUAUCGCCCUCAUGGCGGGCGACGCCGGGUUUGACACCGAACAGACCUGCAACGACGAUCUCGUGGCGGAAGCCACACACAUUCUCCGCAGUGUCUACGGGUCCCGUGUACCUAAUCCCGUCGAGGCCGUCGUCACUCGCUGGGCGUCGGACAAGUUCGCACGCGGCAGUUACUCAUCCGCGGGCCCGAGCAUGGCUGCUGACGACUACGACACCAUGGCCCGGCCCAUCGGCAACCUCUUCUUUGCCGGCGAGCACACGUCCGGGACACACCCAGCCACUGUCCACGGCGCGUAUCUUUCCGGGCUCCGCGCAGCCUCCGAAGUUGUUAAUGCCAUGCUUGGUCCCAUUCCCGUCCCAACUCCUCUCAUUCUUCCCAAAGACUACGCCUCAUCGACUCUCCUCGGCAAACGCAAAGCCAGUUCACUCGAAGGCACAUCCCCCUUCACCGCCGCUAUCACCAAAGACCCCGCCCGCGCCCGCCUUGAGGCCUACGAGACCCGUGUCUGGGAGCACAUCACCUCGCAGCUCGGCUCGCGGCCCCUACCCCCGACUAAGCCGGCCACCAACGCCUACAUCUUCUACAGCCGGACACAUUACGAGGACGCGCGCGAGCGGCUUGAGGCUGGUCGGCGUCCGGGUAAAGGCAAACCGUCGGCUAACGAGGUACGCGUGAUGAGCGCCAAAAUGUGGCGCGACGCGCCUGAGGUAGAGAAGAAACCGUACCUGGACAUGGCCGAGGAGCAGAAGAAAAUAUUUGUGGAGGCCCUGGAGGAGUUUCGGGAAAAGGCGGCCGAGUGGGAUGAAAAGGCUGCCGUGGUGAAAGAGAAAUGGACUCGGGAGAAUCCUCUGGAAGGAGGGACGCCUUCUGGUGUUGCUAUCGGUGGUGGUGUAGAAGGCAAUGAUGAAGAGGUAGAUGCUGAUGUGGACGGGCACGACGAGGAGAAAGCAGAGGCUGAGAGUCAGGGUAAUCAUCAGCACGAGAGCCAGCCAGAGGAUGGCGCCGAAGCAGAAGCCACAGGCGAAAUCAACAGCGACGGGGGGGAAAUGGAGGUAGACAUGGAGGUAGACUUGAACGAGGACGAAACCAAAGCAGAAAACGCAGGCGACGCGAUGGAGGAAUAA